CACGUCAGAAAUCACAAAGGGAGAAUUUUGUUCCCUGCUUUUUCUCCUCCAAAAAACUCAAGAGAAACCCCAAAAUCCUCAAAGAGGAUUACAAACAAAAUCAUCAAAAUUUUGAGCAUGGCAACGGCCAUUUCGUUUGCACAAUUCAUUCGCUUAUCCAAAACCUCAGUUUUUCUCCACGGGAAUGGCCUGAGAAGCUUCACAAAUUCAGUGUCUUUCUCUUCUGCUUCAUCUUCUGCUCUUUCUUCUCCUCAGUUGCUCAAGAAGAAAUGGAGACAGCCAGUGGUUUCGGUUCUGGAGCUCGGCGGCACCAAAAUUGCCAAAGAUGAUGUGAUCAGAGACGACCCUACAAAUAAUGUGCCAGAUACAAUUUUUGCAAAACUUGGAAUGCAACUUCAUAGGAGAGAUAAACAUCCACUUGGGAUUCUGAAGAAUGCAAUAUACGAAUACUUUGAUACCAGUUACUCCAACAAGUUUGAUAAGUUUGAUGACCUAUGCCCAAUUGUCUCUGUAAAGGAGAACUUUGAUGAUGUAUUGGUUCCUGCUGAUCAUGUAAGUCGAAGCUAUAAUGACACCUACUAUGUUGAUUCUGAAACUGUUUUAAGGUGCCAUACAAGUGCUCAUCAGGCAGAGUUGUUACGAAGAGGGCACACUCAUUUCCUUGUAACAGGAGAUGUGUACCGAAGGGAUUCCAUUGACUCAACUCACUACCCUGUAUUCCAUCAGAUGGAGGGUGUUCGUGUCUUCUCUCCAGAAGAUUGGAGUGAAUCUGGCAUUGACGCUACAUCUUAUGCAGCUGAAGACUUAAAGAAGUGCCUUGAGGGUUUGGCACGCCACUUAUUUGGUGCUGUUGAAAUGCGGUGGGUUGAUACAUAUUUCCCAUUUACCAAUCCAUCAUUUGAACUUGAGAUCUUUUUCCAGGAGAAAUGGUUAGAAGUUUUGGGUUGUGGGGUGACUGAACAAGAAAUAUUAAAGAGAAGUGGCAAAGCUGAUAAUGUUGCUUGGGCUUUUGGACUUGGAUUGGAGCGCUUAGCAAUGAUCCUAUUUGACAUCCCAGAUAUCCGACUUUUUUGGUCAUCUGAUGAGAGAUUUACUUCUCAGUUUUCCACAGGCCAGCUGGGCAUCAAAUUCAAGCCUUUUUCAAAGUAUCCUCCAUGUUAUAAAGAUGUUAGCUUUUGGAUCAAUGAAUCUUUCACCGAAAACAAUUUAUGUGAAGUUGUUAGAGGCAUUGCUGGGGAUAUUGUUGAGGAGGUUCGGUUGAUAGACAACUUCACAAAUAAGAAAGGAAUGACCAGUCACUGCUACAGGAUCGCAUAUCGAUCCAUGGAACGCUCACUUACAGAUGAGGAAAUCAAUAAGCUGCAGUGGGACGUAAGAGAGCAGGUGCAGAACAAGUUGAAUGUUGUGAUGAGAUGAGAGUUUCUCAUGCAGUAUCCUAUAUGUAGCUCUUUUAAUUAUUGGCUUCCAGUUCUUGCAUUUUAAGCUGUAAACACAGUUUUUUUGUUUCUUCUUUUGCUUAGUGCAGAAACAGUUUUUUGCCUGUCAUGAUGUGGAGAAUCUACCCCUCCAAGAACUAAGAGAACAUACAUAUUAAAAAUUACCAUACAGGUCAUCAAAUUCUAUCAUUUCAUAGAAGUUUUAUUUUGAAAUAGGAGCUUUCUUUUCUCCCAAA